AGUCAGACUCUGUCCUUGGAUUGGUCGAAAGCCAUUGUUGAGGGACUUAAAGGCAUCAAUUGGACCAAAGGGAGGGUCCAUUCCUCAAAGUGAUGGGAUUGCCGGGACGAAAUGUUCCGAAAUCCUUUUCAAUCCUCAAUUGUGAUCGGCAGGGUCUCUCGAGGGGAGAACAGAGACGAUACCGAAGUGGGUGUGGAUAUUGCAGAUGCCUUGGACGUUUUGACACUUCAAUCCAGUGAGCUUAUAUUGCCGAGAAAUGACUACGCACUCAGAAAAGAGCCCCUGGUGAAGGUCAACAAGAGAGUUUUUGGCGCCAAAUCUAUCUCACAGUCCUCGUCGGGUGUGUUUUCAAAUCCUCAGCCACCCAUUCGUUUUGGGAAGAUCAAAGACCAAGUGAGGAAGAAGGUCCACAACAAGCUCAACUGGGAGCUAUUUCAAACCUUACCCAAGGUCGAGAAAAAACCUGAAGUCAAACGAAGGCCGUUCAAAAGGCCAGGGCAUGACUUCAAAAGUGCUCUGUGCCGGUUUCGAGGCCAUCGCUUCCCGACCUUUGACUGCGAGGAGAACUUUAGUCGGAUAAAAAAUGCCCAAGUGCUUCUGGCCUUCAAGGCCAAGUUAAACAUCGAACCGUGUCAGCAAUUCUUCUCAGUACAAGUAUUCGUCACCAAGUCCAGCCUUUUGGCCUUGGAAGGUGGGAUUGACCUGCAGUGUGAUAUCCUCGUCAGCGACAUCCGGAUCGUUGAAAUUGAUCCGGAGUUCCGGUUGUGCUUCAUCAAACUCCGCGAUCGAACCAUUACCUUAUCACACAGUGAUCAUUUGCAAGAUUUCUUGGGUGCCUUGGAGUUCUCGAAGCGUCGUAUAGGACCUAACUUUAAGGAUUUCAUUCUUCCCAUUAGCUGGAACGGAAGUGAGCAUGGGAGAUCUAGCUUUAACAUGUUAGAAUUCGUGGAGAUCCAUGAGCGCGAUUGUUCCAAUUUUAAUGCCAAGGAUGCGUGUCUAAUGUACCGAGAGGUGGAUGACAUCCUGGAUGACGGAAUGGAUCAACCAUGGCGGUUUGGUCAUUUCUCUCUCAAGCUUAAUGCUCUGUAUUUGUUGGCUGAGGAAGGUUCGAGUGCCAUGCCCGAGAAGUUUUGGAUCCUAAAUGAGCGCAACGUUCAAGUGUGUGCGAUUCAAGAUGGAAAUCGCCCCCAUAUGAUUCAACUGAAACUCCCUUGGGAACACUUGGAGUUGUCUCUGAGUUCAACCGAGGAGCUUCAGGAUUGGCUCCAAGUCGUUCAAGCAGCCAUUCAAUAUCAGAUUUCGGACAUGAAUAACGCCAAUACCAUCAAAACGACCUACAAUGACGUGGCGUUGGUGCUAAGUAUCUACGGUUUGUCGUUGUACCAUUGCUUUGGUGGAACGAUCACCAAAGCUCAUCAAGUUGAUCUUCCCAGUGUGGUGGACGUGGAUCAGAUGCCAAACAAAUCGAGUGAAAUCAAAGUGAUCCUUCGGACGAACCAGUUUUUGCGCGUGGCUUUUGAGACUGCCAAACAUCGAGAACGGUUCAUCCAGGAAUGGAAAGGACUCUCCCGACUCCAAUAACUAUAAGAUGAUAGCCCGCCAAGAUUCUCAAUAGAGCUCAAAGAAGUCAUAGUUUAUUCUGAACCAGGACAUUGUCAGACUUAUCAAUUUGAAUUGGAAUACUGUAAACAUUGGGAAUAUAUGGAUGACUCUUCAUCCAUCAUCACCGUUUCUUGUUGUCAUUCAA